AUGGCCAAAAACAAAGUAAAAGGACAAAAGACCAGGAAUGUGUUCCACAUAGCCACCCAGAAACACUUGAAAGCUAAAAACAAAGCAAAAGUUACCACUAACCUCAAGAGGAUAAAUAUUGUGAAUGAGGAAAAGAUCAACAGAAUGAACAAAGCUUUUGUAGACAUACAAAAGGAGCUUGCACACUUCUCAAAAGGCCUUUCCCUGGAGCCUCUGCAGAAACCACUGUUUCCUCAGCAGUGUCAUGAAAACAAACCAGUUAAUGUCGAUGAAGCUACCAAGUUAAUGGCUCAGUUGUAA